AUGGGCUUGACUAAUCACUGUGAAAACCUUGUCAAUGCUUUAGGAUACCACUCAGACAUCAUCUUUGGCAAACCUUUUGGUGCGAUGAGUGCUAGACUUUCUCACCUCAACAAUUCUAAUGGCGCCUUAUCUGCGGAUGCCAGACCUCAGUUUCCAACUCUUGGAAUGGCGUCAAGCCAAUUCUACGGCCCCUAUGAGAUAUCAGAUCAAAAAGAAGACCUUGCAAGUGAUCCGCUUCACUCAGUCUCGACCCCAGCCCGACUGUUGAUCUUUGGAGGAAAGAACAAGCUCGGCUUGCCCAUCUAUUGA